AUGCUCUAUGGGAUCAUUCUGCUGGCAUUGUUGGAGUGGAAAUUGGGUUGCUUGCGCUUUUUACUGAAGGUAAUAACCCACACAGUGGAACGCUACUCGGCGCCAACCAUCACGGUCCCUUUGCCACGGACAAAGUUUGAUGUAGCACCAAGCACAGUCCCUCUCACACCCCGAUCCGGUCCCCCAGGUACCAUACAGUGCUAUGACAAGGGAACGAACACACCGAUUGGUCUUGUAAACGUUACUAGCCCAGAUGAACUGCGUGCAGUGGUUUCUCGAGCUCGAGUAGCCCAAAAGGCAUGGUCGAAGACGUCUUUUUCAACGAGACGGAAACUCCUUUUUAGUUUGCUGGAUUACAUCUUGGAGCAUGAGGAUUUUAUUUGUGAAACUGCCUGCGUAGAAUGUGGCAAAACGAUGAUGGAUGGCUUUUUGGGGGAAAUGCUCACCACUCUCGAGAAGCUUCGCUGGACAGCUGCUCGUGGGGAAGAGAUCUUGGCUGAAGAAGUACGAGACGUGGGUCUCGUGGCUAUUCACAAGCGCUCCGUUGUGAAUUACGUUCCGUUUGGCGUUAUUGGAGCCAUUGUGUCGUGGAACUAUCCCUUCCACAACAUUUAUGGGCCAAUGAUAUCGGCACUUUUUGCAGGCAACGCAUUUGUAGGGAAGGUGUCUGAAUAUUCUUCGUACUACGCGUCGUAUUAUCAGUCCAUUGUAAGGGAAGGCUUGAAGCAAUUGGGUCAGUCUCCAGAUAUUGUAGCGUUUGUCACGGGGUUUGCAGAGACGGGUGAGGCGCUUGUGAAUUUGGUAGAUAAGCUGACGUUUAUUGGCUCCCCUGCCGUUGGGAAGCUUGUUAUGCGUAACGCCGCUGCGACACUUACCCCCGUCUUGCUGGAACUUGGUGGCAAGGACCCCGCCGUGAUAUGUGACGACGCAGAUUUGGAGCAGGUGGUUCCCAUCAUUAUGCGUGGCACGUUCCAGAACUGUGGCCAAAAAUUGUGUUGGGUCUGGAGCGUGUCAUUGUGCACGAGUCCAUUCACGACCUUGUUGGUGAAACGGUUGGAAACAGCUGUGAAAGCACUAACACAAGGCCCGGCGUCGCAAGGAUUGUACGACUUGGGAGCCAUGACCAUGGGAGAAUCCUCUAUUCAAAAGAUUCAGAGGGCU